AUGGGGAAGAUCUCCGAGCGGUCGAAACGCAUGUUCAAAAAGGGCAAUUUAAGGUUCGUCCACCAAACUGUCGCUCUGGUUCGGAAGGCGGAGAUGGCCCAAUCGAGUAAUUUCAAGGUGGAGCUUCUGGCCACUUGUUUGAUCCCACGGAAAUUAGAAAGACCGAAGGCUGUCUUGCUUCUACACAGGCGGACAGAGGAGUUCUCUCUGUUGCAGCUUCAAUUCAGAGAGUCCGAGCCAGUGCUCUUCACUGAGAGCGACAUCCGAUCAUUCUCCUCUUCUCAGGGGGUUUACCCUCAAGUGUAG